GGGGGGUACGGAAGCGUUGCCGUGCGGCGUGAUCUCCGCGCUGCGUGGAUGGAGGAAGCAGCUGCUGAUCUUUUGACACAGCGCGAGCGAAAGGCUACUGCAUGAAAGCACGGGAGCUUUGUCGUCGGACGCGACAGUAGAAUGCACGAAUACCCUCCUGGUUUGAUGGGUCCGAUAAUUGGGAUGUCUCCAGAUAAGAAAGCCGAAUCUCCCGGAGCGCAGGGCGUGUGUGGAGCUGGGACUCUACCUGAAGCAGAGAGCGCUUCCAGUCCCAUGGCUACCAGUCUGGACCAGAUUGGUCGGGCUGGAGCAUUGAGUGUGGUGGCGGGCGAGUCUGAAGAUGAUGAACUAACCAACCUGAACUGGCUUCAUGAGAACUUGCUGCAGAACUUCACGCUCGGAGGCGAAGCGCAACCCAUCAACAGUCCGCUGUUUGACAUCGAGGGAGGUGGUGGGUCACCACACAGCAACACCGCCUCGUCCACCUCCUCCAUCUCUGCGGGAAGCGAGAGAGAUCCUUACAAGUCAAAGCCUCCUUUCUCUUUUUCCUUACUGAUAUACAUGGCUAUCGAACAGUCGCCCAGCAAAUCUCUCCCAGUGAAGGACAUCUACGGCUGGAUCCUCAAACAUUUUCCAUAUUUCUCCAGCGCCCCUACUGGCUGGAAGAACUCAGUGCGCCAUAAUCUGUCCCUCAACAAGUGCUUCCGCAAAGUAGAGCGAAGCAUAGGAAAGACCAAUGGGAAAGGCUCUCUGUGGUGCGUUCACCCCGAGUUCCGGCCCAUGCUGAUGCAAGCCCUGAAGAAACAGCACUUCCCGAAUGCACAUGCCUUCUGCACUCCUCCUGCCUCCCCUCCUAGUGCCUCGUCUCCUCCUCAUCACCUUUUCACAUCCGAGCAGGGCUGUGCCCUAAAAGAAUGUGAUUUUGAUGCUGCCACUGCCAUGAUGCUGUUAAAGUCUGCCUCUGAGCAGAACAUUGACUCGUACCCGGAUGAUCAAGAAGGACCCAUAGAUCUCUCCCGAAGGGACCUGGUGGUUGUGAGUCGGGAUCCGAAGCAGGAUCACAACUACAGCAGCACCCCUGUCCCACCCUGCCCUCGCCAGAUGCCUCCUUCACAGCCGGUCAACUUCAGCCUGGCUCUACACCACGAUCAGGAGAGAGGAGGCCGGGCCCGAUGGCCGCGCAGCCCUCUACAGGGUCCGCUUUUAGGAAAGAGGAGCAGAAGAGAUUCUCGUCCAGACGUAGACGAGGAGCUCAAGGAGGCGGCCGGCUCGCUCCUGCAUCUGGCCGGCAUUCGCACCAGUUUAGUCGCCUCAAGACGCAAGAGCAGGAAACUCAGUAGGAAAUGAACCCCUAUUCCGUAACUCCAUCCUGUGGCCUGCCCAACCUCUCUCUUCUGGUUUGGUCUAUCUUCCUUCUUGUUUGUAAUUGUUGGGGUGUUUUCUUUCCUUUCGUCUUUUUAACUGGGAUGACGUUCCCGGACCACUCAUCAAACAUGGCAAUACAAACACAGGAGAGAAAAGCCAUACUGACAUAUUUUAUGUACAGAAAAAGAAACCAAUUUGGAUGAACGGCCCACAUCAUUUGAGUUUAACAGUAUGAGAGUAAAAAAAAAUUCAACGAGAGAGACACUGGUAAGAAAAAAAAAAAAAAACACUUCAAGAUUUGCAUGCUUCCACCUCUAAAUCAACACAAACUUAUUUAUACGGGAAAUGAAUGCAUGGAUUUUACAAGCUCCCAAGAUCUCUCACGCUUCUUAACUAUAGACGGAAAAAGCUUAAAAAAAAAAAAAAAAAAGAGAGAAAUAUAUGAAAGUGCCAUUGAUUUUGGAUCAUAAUAUAAACAUGAUACAAAAGAAGAAAUGCAAUAAUUAGUUGACCUAAAUAUCUGUAGUUAUUUUAUUUUUGUACUGCUGGUUUAUAUCUUGUGUGGUGGUGACGGCAUGCCCCUGGGAGCCUUUUGCUGCCGCAGUUAUGAUGUCAAAACCAUGUGACUCCUCCCGUGCAUCCUGAUUGGAUCAAUUUUGCAUCCCCAUCCUGACCACUAUGACUGGAGAACAGCUUGAAGGAAACGGCUUUUUGUUGCAUGCACAUCAGCCUCAGUGUUUCUCAGAUGCUAGCGAUCAGGUGUUGUGCUAUUCCACACGCACUGACUUGAUUAAAUCAUUACCCGUGUGCAUAUUGCUUGCUUUCGGAGCAUACUAAAUAGCGGCCAAUCAAAACAAGAACCUCUUACCUCUACUAAAGGAUUUGAACCACUCUUUCCCUUUCCCGCUCCUUGACUUUACGUUGGCAAGUGUCACAUCUGCCCAAAUCAGGCCUUUGUCAUCUUUUUCUUGGUUUAAACUGCGCGUGACGAAGCCUCCAGUAGAGGGGGCUCUGUGAAACGCCACAUCUCUCCAUUGCUGCUUUCGAGCUAUGAGCUGGCGCCGCGCUGCUCCAGACCUCCAGAGAGUUCAGAAGAAACCAGAGACAAUGUGAACUGCACAAUAAAUGCCCCUGCAAGCGGAGACAAAGACACUCUCCCAUCGCUGCAGGUCACGGACGGUGCUGAUCAUGGGAGAAAGGAUCACAGGAAGUGAAACAGAGUGGACAGUAUAUUGGGAGAACCAACUGAGAUCUGUGCCAUUAAAGAACUCUCUGGACUCCCGGCCAUUUUUAACCCAGUUUUUUUUUUUUUUUUUUUUUUUUUCUCGUCCCCUUUGAGAUCGCCAAAGUUGCUGCUCACAAAACUUGCCUGGCUGUGUGUUCCUAAUAGUUUGUUUGUUUAUGAUUGGGUUUUUAAGUGUUUGUUUGAGGCUACAUUAGGAUUUUAUAUACCCGAGCAUGUGAAAUUGUAAACUAUAACUGCCACUUGCCCCUUUACACUGGCAAACCAGAACGUUCUGUUCGAGUUGAUUACUUUAAAACUGCCUGUCCUUGUGAAGCUCUUUCCCUGUCACUUUAACCAUGGCUGCCAAUUUGUCCCCUCCUAGCUGUACAUAGUGCUAAUACAGAAUGCAAGUAUUAAUGCAGGGAGGGGAGCCAAGCAGUAGUUUUAGAAUUUGAGGCCAAUUCUGAAAACAGCUGCCUAUGAAUUAUUAUAUUACUAUUAUUAUUGUUAUUAUUAUUAAGAUAAGGUCCACUAACUGAGUUGCCACUUCCCCAUCAAUUCUGUCAUGUUCUUCUGCCAAAUGUGGCAGCUGAACCUGAUUUUUGAUUUUGUAAGCUAACCUCUGUUAAUAAAAGGUUUAUAAAGUUUAUUUUUGCCAAAGAUAUGCAAUUGUUGCAUUAUAUAUGGUAUUAAAGAAUAAAAGAGUUUUUUCUUUUA